AUGGGGUGUGCGUGUCCCCGCCCCUCGGGCCCGGCAGCCCCUCCGCGCUCAGCCCGAUGGCAGCACCGUGGCUGCCAUGUGGAGCUGUGGCGUUUGCUCGCCGUGGGGGACCUGGACGUGACUGGUGACCGUCGAGGCCAUCAGGACCAGCUGAAGCAAUGCUUCUCCCGGCGGAGCCCCGAGGCCAAGGACACGGACACCCUGGUGCAGGCCGGGGACGGCCACGACGGCGUGUGGGCCGAGCCGCGUGCCCGUGGGGACAGCGUGGCGCCCGGGACCCCCGUCCCCCGACGGCACAGCGGGGCGGAGACAGCCCGCCAGCUCCCGCUUCUCCUCCCCGUCUCCCCAUCCUCCCCGCCCGGGCCCUCCACCGAGGAGCAUGGCCGCCCCGGGGGUCCAGGGAGCACCAGCGCUGGCCGCUCCGACCCUGAGCUCGAGACCACGGACGGCCCCGGGGGACCCCUGCCACCCGACACCCGCCCUGCCCACGCGGUGGACCACUUCCCCUUCAUCCACCAGACCUCGGUCCUGGACUCCAGCGCUCUGAAGACGCGGGUGCAGCUGAGCAAGCGCAGCCGCCGGCGCGCGCCCACCCUCGGCCACGCCCUGCGCAGCCGCUCCGGGGAGGCCGGGGUCCCCACCCCCGUGGAGGAGGAGGCCGACAGCCUGUGGAUGUUCAAGGACUCCACAGAAGAGAAAUCGCCCCGGAGGGAGGAGUCAGAUGAGGAAGAGAACUCGUCUAGCGUGGAGCGGACGCCGACCGGCCCCCUGCACAGGACGCCCGCCUUCCCAGGCCUGGACCCCGCGGCUCUCAAGGCCCGGCUGCACGGUCCCAGCGAGACCCCCGGCUGGGCCCCCAGGACCCCCAAGUCCCCCUUCCAGCCUGGAGUGCUGGGCGGCCGUGUGCUGCCCUCCAGUGUGGACAAGGAUGAGAGGUCGGAAGAGCCGUCUCCCCAGUGGCUAAGGGAGCUGAAGUCCAAGAAGAGGCAGAGCCUGUGUGAGAACCAAGCCUGACCAGGUGUGGGACACCGCCACACCUAAUCAACAGAAGCCUUAACUGUGACCAUCAGACCCCUCGGAGGAGGCCACAGCCACCGUUCCUCCCUGCGCCAAGCAUCAUGUGCCUGGGCCCUUCCGUGGUCUGCAGACCACCUCACACAGGAAGGCCCGCCCUCCGCAGUCACCUGCCGGGCCCUGCAGACCACCUCACACAGGAAGGCCCACCCUCCGCAGUCCCCUGCCGGGCCCUGCAGACCACCUCACACAGGAAGGCCCGCCCUCCGCAGUCCCCUGCCGGGCCCUGCAUACAGCACUUGUGGCAGGGCGGUGCAUGUGCGUCAUCCUGGCCGCUCAGGAGACCCAAGCAGGACUGGAUCUCAGGUUCAGUGCCAGCCAGACCUGGGCCUACCUACGGAGACCCUAUCUCAGAAAGACAAGUUUGCAUUUCUACCUUGUUUCAACGCCUUCCGUCGACACCGGGCCGUCACCCGGGGCUGGACCCGCUCCUGCGUUCCUCUGAAGACACCUGCUCCUCCCCGGCAGGGCUCUCUGGAAGACAUUGCUAAGGGGGCUCCAACUGUGCCCGUCCUGCUGGGGCCUCGGCCCAGGACACUGCCAUGGGACUUUUGAUUGAUUUUUUUUUUAAGUCUCUUUUCAGCAUCUGAAAUGGAUUUUCCUUUCCAGCAGGCAGGGCGCUGCGUGUACCCUGCUUGUUGGCUUUUGGAGGCGAUGAAGCAAUAAUUCAGCCAAUCCUCUUUGAAACUUGACAAUGGACACUCUUUAGAUUAGACGACGGGGAGAUGGCAGUUCGAGUCCUGGGUUUCCCAGUGUCCAUUUGAGGUUAUCUUACUCUUCUCUGAGCUGCCGAAAAGUUGUAACUGUCCCCCAGGCUUUUUGCACGGGGGGCUCUGAUUUCUGGGCGGAGACCUUUGUCCCUCAACAUCUAGGUUCACAAAUGGCAGCCACAUUACAACUCCAUCAUCUUAUUCGAAGCCCUUUUUGGGGGGAGCGAGGGGUUCCCCAGACCAGAGACUCUAAGCAGAGGUACCAGAGGAAAGGGGGUGGGAUGUGAGGCUCAGCUCGCCUCCUUUCUUGUUUGUCUGUUCUUGCUGACGGUAAGCUCUGAGGGGUGGCUAAUACCUCUGGAGACGCCAGACACCUCCACUCUGUCCUUCCUUUUAGGGACUCAAGCACCAGCCUCCUGCACCCCCAAACCCAGGUCCGUAAAGACGUCUCACCUAUACCUGCCCGGCCUGGGGUUGCUAUCUGCCGGGUGCCAACCUUGCCUAGGAGACACAACCCGGGGAGGCCCUGGGGUGGCCUCGGGCUGGGCAUCCUGAUGGACCUGUGCAUGGUGCUCAUUAGAGCCCUCCACAGGGUCUCCCCCGCCCCACCCCCACCCCACCCGACUUCCCGAGACAUGGAGCCGGCCUUGGUCAUUGCGCUACAACAACAAGUGUCAAAACUCACCCUCUUUCCCCCUGCCCACCUCCCCACGAGUCUCCAUUUCCCGCUGUGUCACAUCCUCUCUGUCAUCUCUCUUUUCUUGCUUUUCUCCCGCUCAGGUGGGGUGGACAGGGAUAGCAAAUCCUGAUUUCCUCCAGGCUCAGCAAACACCUGUGUGUAGCACCACGGACAGCGGUGCCAGGCAUGCAGGUGUGCAUGCAUGCACACGCACGUGUGCGCGCGCGCGCGCACACACACACACACACACACACACACCCCUGCUGCCCCUAAAAGCCCCAUCACCUCCCCAGCUCAGUGCCAGCUUGCAUUUCCUUCCUUUCCUGAAUUCAGGGCCAGUCGGUUCCCUGUAGCCGUUAGGGGAAUGGGAUUCCACAGCAACACUUGCUCUGCGUAUCUGCUUUGAAGACCCAUUCUGUGCUUGCCCUUCAAUGGAUUUUGGCAGAGUGGCUUUCUGAGCACAUGGCUGGUGUUUGACCUCCACAUCCUCUCCUUCCUCCGGGGGUACGAGAUUGUCCUGUGUGCCCUGCAGGAUGCUUCGUGUCCAAGGAGCUGUGUCUUUGUCCCAGUGAGGAAGACACCCACUCGGAAGUGAGAUGGACCUCGGGCAUCCUUGCAGGGCUCGCUGGCAGCAGACAUGUUUGAUUCCAGGUGGAUUGGUUGAAUUCAUCGCCUGGAACCCAGACAGGGUCUUUGUGACCUCUGAGGCCCUCUGUGGCUCUUCCCACAAUUCCGGGUUCUGGUGACCCCUGAGGGGCCCUGCGAAGACCCAGGAGCACAGAUGAGUGGGCUGUUGAUUUCUCCUCUUCGCUGGGCGAGCUCCCCGGGGCUGAGCCUCUGGCUGCAUGCAGGUUCAUUGUCCUCCCUUUGCCUUUGGAACUGUGUCUCCCCUUAAUAUGCCUUGCGUAAUAUGCCUUAAUCGAGCCUACCCCCGUGUGACGCUCCUCCAGGUGGCUGUCCUCAGAGGAGAGAGCCUGGUGCAGAAUGCAGACUGGCGGGCAGCCUCCUCCCGCAGGCCCCUCCCCUCUGCUCCCUAGCCCCUCCCCUGCCCCUCCCCGCUAGGACAGCUGCUGCCCUUUCCAUAUGUCUGUAUCUUCUCCCUGCUGCCUUUACCAUCUCUGGCUGAGAGGCAUGGUGGGUGGGUAUGGGGGGGGAUCCCUUUGGCAACUGAACCCCCAGAGCUUGUGGGAGGGAAGCUCAGGGUCCUGGGAGGAUGGGGGUGGGUGAGGUGCUAAUGUGACAGCUGUGGUGGUGUGGGGGGGAAGCCAGGCCAAGAGCAUCCCCAGGGGAGCCAACCACACCUUCCCAUGGCACCCAGGUGCAUUUCCUUCCGCGUGUCUGGGAAGUGAGGCCCACGGCAGGAAGCCACAAGGAAAGCCUGAGCCGCGGCCUGGGCCAGGGCAGACUCUUCUAUCCCGGGCCCCCAUGGCCACCGUCUCCUCCUGUGCUUUUGAACUCUUUCACCCCGAAGCCCCCCCUCCCCCAGAUGGUACCCCCCGGAGUGCCUGAAAACCCGAGGACCCCCUCCCUUCAGCUACGGGGGCCGGGAUGGGCCCCUGGGCCUGGAGGCCUCCCUCCCCCCCCCUUCUUCCGUGACUCUGACCCGUGACAAUCACUGGUGACAUCCUGUCACCUACAAAUCAGGCCUGAAGAGAGCUUGUGAUGUGGACCCGUGUCCCACACCACUGCCUUAUGCAGGAGGGGCUCACGGGACCGCCGUGGGCCGUGCCACCGGACAAGAUGCUUCUGCGUCGUUUCCUAACUCACGCCACAGCCCUGGGGGCCCAGCGCGUCCCCAGUGGCCGCGGGCCCCACGCUUCGUUAAGCAGGAUGGGGGAGGGGGGCGAGCCAUACAUAUAGUCUAUAUUUUCCUAAUCGUUUCUUCUGGCACCAAAAGACUACACACGCCACGACCCCAAGCUCCUGGCUCCAGGAUCACGGACGGAAGGCAGACAAAGCCACAGGCAUUUACCCGCAGCCUGCCUGCACCACUGAUGACCCCCCUAGGAAAACAGAACAAAACUUUAUAUUUUUAAUGGGAAAAAAAAUAAUAAAACCGCAGUGUGGCUUCUUGGAGCUCCCAGAGUACUACUGAUUGUGCAAGGGAUUGUUGUUUUCUGGUUUUGGUUUUUCUUUCUUUCUCAUCUCUAUAAAGAAGUUUCUUCGUGGAUUGGAUGAGCGGCCGGAAAUCCGGCCGGCGGUGUCCAUGUGAUGGUGAGCCCCGAGUGUCAGGACGCUGCGAUCCGACUCUGAAAACUGCAAAUAAAGCUUUGUUACAUGUUUA